AUGGAGGACAAAAACAUCGUCGACGUCUUUAAACGCGCUUGGACGUCAUGGAAGAACAAUCGUGGCUUCCACCUCAAGCGCAGAGUGCUCGUAACUUUCGGCAAGAAGGUGGAAGGCCUGCGUGCCCGCGAUCUUUGGAUGGGCACCAAGAAGAAGAAGAUCAAUACGUUGGUUCUUCUCCCACUCUCCCCUUCUCCCGCCCCCCCUUUAAUCUCCCGCCCUCCCCUUCUCUCCCGCCCUACCCUUCUCUCCCGCCCCCCCCCUUUAAUCUCCCGCCCUCCCCUUCUCUCCCGCCCUCCCCUUCUCUACCGCCCUCCCCUUCUCUCCCGCCCUACCCUUCUCUCUCGCCCCCCCUUUAAUCUCCCGCCCUCCCCUUCUCUACCACCCUCCCCUUCUCUCCCGCCCUCACCUUCUCAACCGCCCUCCCCUUCUCUACCACCCUCCCCUUCUCUCCCGCCCUCACCUUCUCAACCGCCCUCCCCUUCUCUACCACCCUCCCCUUCUCUUUCGCCCUCCUCUUCUCUCCCGCCCUCCCCUUCUCUCCCGCCCUCCCCUUCUCUCCCGCCCUUCCUGAAAUCUCCCGCCCUCCCCUUCUCUCCCUAA